AAUUAAUUGCUGAAUAACCCAAUUCUCCACAUUUCCACAUCAAGAAUCAAGACAAUUAUAAAUCAAUUUCUUUUCACACACUGAACUAUACCUUUUGCUUCCUUCUAUACCCAAAAGACAAUGGAAAAAAUUACUCUUUUCCUUAUUUUGCUUUUCUUGAAUGUAUCUAUCUUCUCCUUUGUUGGAGCAGUGAAGGGCACCAGUGCUAGUCUUUCAAAACCUCAUGCCAACAAAUUGGUGUUGUCACAAUGCAGGCGCACUCGUUAUCCAAAGCUAUGUAUGACUUCUUUGUCAAACUACGUUACUUCUACGUCUCAACCCCAAGAGCUAGCUCAAGCAGCGUUGCAGGUGAGCUUAGUCAAGGCUAUCUACGCAAAAGCAUACGUAAAUAAGGUUUGCAAACAACUCGAACAAACAAAGGCUAAAGAUUAUCAAGUUGUGAAAAGUUGUUUAGAUCAAAUAUCAGAUGGUGUUUCCUUACUUUCCAAUUCAGUCCAAGAGCUUCACCAUUUGAAUUUAGACAAGGAAAGUGAUUUUAUGUGGCAUAGGAGUAAUGUCCAAACUUGGCUUAGCACAGUAUUGACUGAUGCUUUCACAUGCAUGGAUGGGAUUUCUGGCUACAAAAUAUUAGGUGGUAAAGUAAAAGCUACAAUUAAAGCUAAGGUUCUUAAUGUUGCACAAGUUACUAGCAAUGCUUUAGCUCUGUUUAAUGGAUAUGCUGUUAGGCAUAAAGUUUCUCAUCACUCCACCUCUGGCAAAAUUAACAAGCCAUAGUGAUCGCUUGAAUCUUGGAUUUCUUUAUUUAAUUUUGAUUUUUUUUUUGGUUAUGUAUGUCAAAAACGUAUGUAACUUCAAUUAUAUAUAUGCAGAAUGCAUUUGCAAUUCUUUGUUU